CAUGCGACCGCUAUUUCCAAGAAAAGGUAGCAGAGAGAGAAAAAAAGCAAAGAAAUUCAAAGCGGAAGUACCAGACGAAGUGGGGCAGGAAAAGCGCUUUUUUUGUUUGGAGAACUUGGAAAAGUAUCUGAGCUGCGUGAUGUGAACGGGGGAAACUUUCGCUCCGAUCGAGUUAGGGAAGUUUUGAAGAGCCGGCCCCGGCGCUGCUACUGCGGGAACAAUGGGACUCCCAGCGCUGGAGUUCAGCGACUCCUUUCUGGACAGCCCGGACUUCAGGGAGCGCCUCAAGUACCAUGAGAUAGAACUGGAGCGGACCAACAAAUUCAUCAAGGAGCUCAUCAAGGAUGGAAAUAUGCUGAUCACUGCGCUCAAGAGUUUUUCUGCUGCUGUCCAGAAGUUCUCCCUGUCCUUGCAGGAGUUCCAGUUUGAGUGCAUAGGCGACGCGGAAACAGACGAUGAGGUCAACAUUGCCCAGUCUUUCAAAGAGUUUUCCCAGCUGCUGAACACUGUUGAAGAGGAAAGAAGGCGCUUGAUUCAGAAUGCAGAUGAUGUCUUGAUUACUCCCCUGGAAAAAUUUCGGAAGGAGCAAAUUGGAGCGGCGAAGGAGGUAAAGAAGAAAUUCGAUAAGGAGACGGAGAAAUACUACUCCACGCUUGAGAGACAUCUCAACCUGUCAUCUAAAAAGAAAGAGGCAUAUCUGCAGGAGGCCGACAUGCAGAUUGACAAGGAGAGACAGCUCUUUUAUGAUGCAUCCCUUGAGUAUGUCUUCAAAAUUCAGGAAGUGCAAGAAAAGAAGAAGUUCGAGUUUGUUGAGCCGCUCUUGGCCUUUCUGCAGGGUUUGUUUACAUUCUACCAUGAAGGAUAUGAGCUGGCUCAUGAAUUCGAGCCAUACAAACAGCAGCUCCAGUUCAACCUACAAAACACACGAAACAACUUUGUGAGCACCAAGCAGGAAGUGGAGAAGCUGAUGAACAGGAUAAGGUCUGCAGAUCAGGACUACAAACCCCCCGGCCAGUGGACCAUGGAAGGCUUCCUGUAUGUCCAGGAGAAGCGUCCUCUAGGAUGCACAUGGACGCGUCACUACUGCACGUACGACAAAGGAAGCAAGACCUUUACCAUGAGCAACACAGAAAACAAGUCAGCUGGGAAACAGAAUGGCCUUGUCCUGAAUCAGCCAGAGACUUUCAAGCUCAAGUCCUGCAUUCGGAGGAAAACCGACUCCAUCGACAAGCGUUUCUGCUUCGAUAUCGAGGUGGUGGAGAGACAUGACCUCUGUCGUGGAACUCUUUUCAGGCCGCUUCAUUUUUUCUGUAAAGUCCGGCAUGGCGUUAUGACACUGCAGGCACUGUCAGAGUCCAACAGAAGACUGUGGCUGGAGGCCAUGGAUGGCAAGGAGCCGAUUUACAACCUCCCAGCCAUACUAAGCAAAAAAGAGGAAACGUAUCUUAACGAGGCAGGUUUUAACUUCGUGAGGAAAUGUAUUGACCUGGUCGAGACGAGAGGCAUAAAUACAAUGGGUCUGUAUAGAAUCGGAGGAGUAAACUCCAAAGUGCAGAGACUGAUGACCACAGUCUUUUCGUCCAAGGCACCUGUGGAUAUGGAGCUGGAUCCUGAGAUGUGGGACAACAAAACCAUCACCAGCGGUUUGAAGAAUUACCUCAGGUGUCUCUCUGAGCCUCUCAUGACUUUCAAGCUGCACAAAGACUUCAUCCUGGCUGUCAAGUCUGAUGACCAAAACUACAGAGUAUGCGCUGUCCAUGCUUUGGUGCACAAACUACCCGAGAAGAACAAGGAAAUGCUGGAGUUACUAAUAAAACACCUUGUCGUAGUUUCUGCACAAAACCAGUUCAACUUGAUGACGGUUUCCAACCUGGGCGUCAUCUUCGGCCCAACGCUGAUGCGGUCGCAGGAGGAGACGGUGGCUGCGAUGAUGAACAUAAAGUUUCAGAACAUCGUGGUGGAGAUACUCAUCGAGAACUUCAACAAGAUCUUUCACCAGCCUCCAGAUCCCAACGUGCCUCUGCCGCAACCGCAGAGCAGGACCGGCUCCCGCAGGACCAGGGCCAUCUGCCUGUCCAAGGGGCCCCGCAAGCCCCGCAGUCUUUAUACCCCAACGCUGUGCCUGGCAGAUGCAGAAAGUCCCUGCAUAGGUGACACCUUGAGCAGCAGUCCGAGCAGCACCCCCAUGGGGAGCCUGGAGUCUCUUUCCUCCCACUCCUCGGAGCAGAACACCUCCUCCAAGACUGCUUCCUCGGGACCGGGGGCGAGCCAUAGCAUGGCCGACCUCCUCCGCCGAACCCCAUCGCUGCUCUCCAACGGCCCCAGGAGCGGCGCGUGUGUCAGCAGCCCCGAGUCCAGCUCCAGGGAGGAGGGAGGUCGAACGGAUGGAGAUUCAGAGGACACUUUCAGCCUGUCCUCUGUCAGCACCGCGCCUCGGCUGUCUCCCGCACCCAAAAAAGCCCCCCACUGCCGCAUUGACCUCAAGCCAGCACUGCUGAACCGCACCUUUUCCCCCUCCCUGAAAUCACUGCAAGGAUCUGACGGCCAGCGGAGCUGCCUGGGAUCCGUCCACAGCUUAUCAACACUGGAGACCAGAGAGAGUCUGAAGCCGGGUGAUCACCCGACCCUUCCACCGAAGCAAGUGAUCCGCCGCAGGAUGGACGCGUCGGUGAACAACGGCUACCAGAGGCCUGGCUCCGUGGUUGCUGCCAGAGCGCUGCUUUUUGAAAACCCCUCUUCUUCCCAGUCCGCCCCGAUAGGAAGAGAUGCCAAGGCUAUGUAUUCCUGUGAGGCAGAGCACAGCAACGAGCUCAGCUUCCCCCAGGGGGCGCACUUCUCAAAUGUCUACCCCUCGGUGGAACCGGGCUGGCUGCAGGCAACGUACGAGGGGAAAAAAGGUUUAAUCCCAGAGAAUUAUGUUGUUUACCUGUAAAAGAGGCUAAUCCUGCCAUCUUUUUUGUGGUAUCCAUUAAAAAAAAAACUCUGUGCUUAUUGCUCUUAACUGUCGAGAUGUUCCCGACAAGCAGUUACUGGUCAGAGAUUUACACACACUCAUCAUUGGCAUGAAUUUUUUUUUAUUACUUCUGGAUUUGUAGGGAAAUUUCUGUCAUUCUUUUUCCAGGGUGGAAUGGUUUAGCAAUAUGGGGAGGACGCGGGUGAAUUUGGACAAGUUAAUUUUGGACGGAAUAAGUAAAAAGACAUUUUGCCCAUGCCUUAGAUAGUCUAAGCCUUACAGUAUAUAAAGCAAAGCUAUGGGUGCCAAAUCACUGUUUUGUACUAGUAAAAUAGUCAAAGUACUUGUAGAAAUGCCUUUUUUACUAAAAUUGUCUCUAAACUACCUUAAGUUCCAAUAGACCUGAAUUCGCCCUACUACUUUAAUUAAUUUGAAAGCAAGACCUUGGUCCUCAAAUGUGAAUUUAUUGUGGAUUUUCUUUGAUCAAAACAGUCAAAACUAUGCAUAUAGUCCACUCAUUCUCAAUAGUUCAGGCAGUGCCAUGUAACUUUUAGCCACUAGGGGCGCGAGGGGUGCUGGUGCCUAUCUCCAGCUGUCAAUGGGUGCACCCUGGGCAGGUCGCCAGUCUAUCGCAGGGCCAGGGUGUCCCAGAAACUUAACAUUAACCUCAAAAUCGGUUUUAAUUAGUUAAUUAAUGCCAAAGUUCCAACCAUCUCACCAAAUGGUGAUCUACACCCAACAUCUACACCAUAGAUGUAGGGAAAGUAGUUUAAAUAUUGAAGAACCACCCAGGCUCAAUCCUGUCACAAACUGGAAGCUUUUGGAACACCAGUGUCAGCAUCCAUAGUGGAUCAAGUUUAGCAUCAAUAUGUAGAUAGAUUAUAGACAAGAGAAGAUGUCGCAACUCCAAAAUCAGCCCCUUAACACGUGACUGAUGCGUUCAGCUGCUCACGUGGUGAAGCCGAAUGAGUUCUGGAGAAAAGUUUCAUGGCCAGACGAGACAUGUGGAAAUGUUUGGAGUCAGUGGGAGGCUUUUAAAUCUAGGACUGGAUUUCUGCAAGGUCUUAAAAAGUCAUGAAAACGUCUUGAAUGUACUCGUCUUAAUUUAAGACCUCAAAAUGUCUUAAAUUUGUCCAGAUGUUAUUACUAGGUCUCAAAUUGUAUUUGAGUUAGACUUUUUUCCAUUAUGACUUGUGAUGAAGGCAUUUGCUUGUGCUCUAAUUUGUAGCUUUAUGUUGAGGAUUUCAGAUGUUAGUAGAUUGACAAAACUACAAUCCCCAUGGGUCAGGGUAGCAAUAAGCCCUGUUGAAAUGAAUUUUUCACAAGUCCACCUGCUUUCCCCACAAAACCAUUAAAGAACUGUUCACCUGAGCAAGCUUUACUGUCAGUUUAGACAAAUAAAAUCAAAACAUUUCUCUCUUUUUCACUACCGGCUCCUUCGCCACAGAAAAGUGUACAUUUGGUUUGAAAAAAAGGACAUUUAACGGCUGGAUAGUACCUAUUGUAAAUACGUUUUAAAGCGUUUUAAAGCCUUAUGAGGAAGUCAAAAGAAUUUAGAUCGCCUAGAUGUAAAAGCACUAAAGUCAAAUGCAUAAAAAAAUAUGCAAUUUAUGAUGACAAAGUUAUAUUUAACUGACUUAGUAUAUUAACAAGUUUAAUUAAAUGUAAGUUAAGUUCUUAAAUUUAAGUGUAAGAACACUUAAAUGUAAGUUCCAGUUCUUUUGCAUCACCUUAAGUCAACAGCAGGACAGGAAUAAAUUUAACAAGGCAAGGAUUCGGACACAUAAGAACUGGGUUCAGAUGACAAACGUUAGGCCUUUGGGACGCCCUUCCCAAAGCCCAAACCUCUGUACCAGAAAAACAAACUCAAGUCUGCAAAACUGAGUCAAGAAGAGCAGUAAAAUACUCAGCAGAUUGCAGAGAAAGCCAAAUGCCUUGUGAAGCCAUUAACAAGCUUCUGGACUGUCUCUGGUUAAGAGGCUUUUAUCCAAACAUGCUUGUUGGUGCACAUGUAUAUUUGAGCCUGAACUAAAUGUAUGAUUCUGAUCCCGUGUAGAUUAGAGAAACAUCCACAACAGAUUCAAACCUGUGUUCCCAAGGAUUUAUCUUGUCUUCCUGGAAAAAAAAUGUCUUAUAUGCAACAUCUAUAUCUCUAAUUUAAUCAUUCUUUGUUCUAAUUCUAAGGUUUUAUUCAUUUAUUUUAUUAGUUCUUUAUGUUCAGCACUUUAUUCUGUGCCUGCUGUUUUUAAAGGGCCUUUUGAAUAAAGUUUGCCUGGUUUGGAUUAAAAACACAAUUAUUUAGAUGUUCAUGCAGAUGAGGAGUAAGACUAAAUCUUUGAUUAAAGCUGUAACUGUCGUUUUUACAUUGUUUGGAUUUUUAGCAGGUAUGACUGUUAAAGCUUUUGCAAACUAAUGACCAAUUAUAUACCUCUCUAUCUGACAUUUUCAUGUAUUCAGUGGAUCCACAGGGAAAUGAGGAGAAGCAGGCUUAGCAUUACAAUCCAACACAAAUAUAAUAAAUGACGGCACUCAUCUCUAGCAUUAGCCUUCAUGAUCACAGUACAAUCAGUUUUCUUUGGAGUUAUUUUAUUCUCAUAAAUAUUUCCCCUCUGAACUUUCCAUUUCACGAAUCAGUCGCCUCAGAAACAUUUUUCAUGAACUCCACCUGAUCAAGCUGUGAUGUCAAAUAAGAAAAUUGUCUUUUCUGUUAGAAUAUAUAUAAGAAAAAGCUAUCAUAGUCAUAGUUUGCACAUGAAUAUCUCUGGACUCUGAUUACUGUUCAUCCACUGAAACUGUUGCUGGCUGCUGUGCGCUGUCUCGUCAGUUAAACGCUACUGUACACGUUUUUUUCUUUUAAAUUCUAUUAAAUAAUUAAUUUGUGUAACUGUUUGUUGCAGAAUAUUGGCACAUCAAAUAUAUUUUGUAUGUAAAAGUUUUUUUUAAUUAUUAUUAUUAUUAUGAAAGAUAGAGCCUUUUGCCUCAAUGUAUAUUGUGUGGUCAGUGGUACACUGGUGUACAAGUAAUGACGACUAGACAAGUAUAAUAUUAUAAUGUGUUAAAGAAGACAUUUAAUACUUAUUUACUCUUCUCCACAACGUCCCCACACUAGAAAUCAAAAAUUGUCUAUAUAGGUAAAUUUAGCAAUACAGUUUCAGAUAAAGAUACAACAAAAACAAAGAAAAACACAAUCAUUUUUUUUUUGCUCUUCACUUAUUACAAACUGAAAAGAAAACUCCCAAGUUAAACUUUCUCCGGUUUCCCAAAAUGUAUUUGGGAGUAGAUUUGACAUCUAGCUCCUGCCAGGAUCAGGAUGUUCUUUUCCAUUUACAUUUCGAAGAAUGCGAGUUGGCCUUGAACACUGGCGCUGGACUACUACUCCCCUACAGUAAAUGAAUUUGCCGGGGCAUGUCACGGAAAUUAUACUCAUAUCCUGAAUAUGUCAAACUUGGCACCCUUUUCCAUACAGAUAUCGGGAUAUCUUGCAAACAUUUAAUUCAUCCUAAAGAAACAGAUCAGCAAA